AUGUCAAAGUUUUUUGGAAAUAGAACUUCGAGUCCAUUAAAUAUUUUAACAUUGGUUCUUUUAGCAUUAUUUUUUUUAUUUUUAUUAAGACAUGAUAAUCAUAAAUUUACAUUAAAGGAAUUCCAAAGUAAAAGUAAUAAAUGUCAAUUAAAAAAUGUACAAUUAUAUAAUUUAUCACAAAAAAAAUAUCCAUUCACUAUAGUGACGGGAGCAAAUUUUGGUCAUUUUUGUCCUCUUCAAUCAUGGCUUUAUAAUAUGUCAUCAUUAUUAUCAACUCUACCUGAAGCGCAUCGUCCUAGGAUAAUAGUUUAUGAUCUAGGGUUUAAAAAUUUUCAAAUUAAUGCACUUUCAUACCUUCAUCAAAAAAAUUAUUUUACCGAAUAUCGACUUUUUAAUUUUUCAAAAUAUCCAUCAUUUUGGAAUAUAAAUAUCGCUAGAGGUGAAUAUGCGUGGAAACCAGCAAUAAUUGCAGAAAUUUCACGAGAAUAUCCAGGAAUAAUUAUGUGGUUAGAUUCAGGAACUUUAAUAUCAAUAAAAUUAUUAAAUAAUGUUAAAAAGUUAGUUGAUGCAUAUGAUGGAUUUUUUUCACCAAUUAGUGGUGGAGGAUUAUUUUUGAAAUGGACACAUCCAGGAGUUUUUAAAUAUUAUAAAGAUUCGAAAAAAGGAAAAAAUUACGAUGAUUAUAACAAUUGUAAUGGAGCAGGAAUGAUAUUUGACACUGUACGUGUAUAUAACAUAAUAGAAGAAUGGGAAAAGUGUGCUUAUAUAAAAGAAUGCAUAGCACCAAAAGGCAGUAGUAGACGUAAUCAUAGGCAGGAUCAGACUAUCCUUACUUAUCUUAUGAUAAAUAAUAAUAGGCCUUGUAUUGGUGCUAAAGAAAAGUUUGACAUGAAGAUACAUUCGGAUAAAUAUUGUGCAUCGAUAAUAUGGGAAUAUGAGAAAGUCCAUGAUGAAAUUUGGAGACCAAGUGAUCAAGAUUUGAAAGAGAUAAAAGAUAUAGCAAAAAAUUCACCAGCUGAGAUUAUUGAUAUUUGGACUAAAAGUGCAAAAAAUAAUAAAGAUAAACUAUCAGAUAAUAUUAAUAUGGGUGGAAAUAAACUUAUUCUUGGGAUCGAGUUAUUUUAA